AUGGAUCACUCCAACAGUACAAUUAAACAGAUUAGUCAAAAGCAUGUCCAUCAAAUCUGUUCUGGCCAGGUUAUUUUAAAUUUAGCUGCAGCAGUUAAAGAGCUGGUUGAGAAUAGUGUGGAUGCUGGUGCUAAUCAAGUCGAUGUUCGAUUGAAAGACUACGGUGCAGAUACUGUUGAAGUAAGCGACAACGGAUCUGGGAUCCAUCCUGAUGAUUUCGAGGUUCUCGCACUAAUGCAUCACACAUCCAAGUUAAAAGAGUACGACGACCUGAUCGGGGUAGAAACAUUUGGCUUUCGUGGAGAAGCCUUAAGCUCUCUAUGUGGAUUGUGUAAUGUUGCCAUCACUACACGUCACAAAUCUCAACCUAACGGAACCAAAAUUGAAUAUGAUCAUCGAGGUAUAGUGAAAUCUAAAUCAGCUUGCGCUAGACAGCAAGGGACAACUGUAACGUUACAAGGAUUAUUCUCUACCUUGCCUGUCAGGCAUAAAGAAUUUGUUCGCAAUAUUAAAAGAGAAUUUAACAAAAUGAUCCAUGUUUUACAGUCUUACGCAAUAAUCUCAAUUGGCUUAAGACUUACAUGUAAUAAUCAGCCUGUAAAGAAUAAAAGAAUUACUGUAUUAUCGUGUCAAUCGAAUAAAGGUCUUAAAGAAAAUAUAGUUGAUAUUUUUGGGCCAAAACAGGUAUCCUCCUUGAUUCCAUUUGUUACCCAUGCUCCUUCUGAAAGCGACUGUGAGAGUAUGGGCAUCAAUCCGAAAUUAAUCGAUAUGAGUCUCUUCAGUAUUUCUGGUCUUAUUUCCAAAUGUGAUCAUAGCAGUGGUAGAACGGGCAAUGAUCGACAGUUCUUUUUUAUUAACAAAAGACCUUGUGAUCUAAUCAAGGCAAGCAGAGUUAUCAACGAGACUUAUCAUAUGUACAAUCGACACCAAUAUCCAUUUUUCGCUUUAGAUAUAUCUUUACGGAAAGGUACUGUGGACGUUAAUGUUACACCAGACAAAAGGCAAAUACUCAUGCAAAAUGAGAAAGCUCUGUUAACGGUCAUUAAGGCGUCAUUAGUUCGUAUGUACGAUCCAAUUGCUUCUUCUUACGAAAUAAGUAGGGGAAUUACUACAGGAGCCACUACCUCUACUCAGUCCGCCGCUGCUGAUCAGCAUGAUAAUGAAAAUAACGACGAGAUUCAGAUAAUAUCGGAGAAAGAUAUCAACAAUAAAAAGCAUCUAACGAAUGAUGAAUGUGAGCUUUCUGAGGUAAGUAAUAAUAGUUUGCGACAAUGCCGGAUACACGGAUUUAACCUCGCGUACAAAAUUCAUUUUUUAUACAAUGUAAAGCCUACUGAAGUAAAUUCAAAGCCAUGCGUAGAAAUCGUGACUGAAGGCAAAUCAACCUUAGCGUCAUUUGGUUGGCGUAAGAUAUCAUCAGAGUAUGUAACAAAAAUUGUUUAUAAUCUAUCUAAAUCCACUGAAUCCAGCAACAACAUGGAAGUUACUGAGUCUAAAAGCGAAAUUAAUGAAAUUCUUAGCAAACCCUAUACAUCUACAGCCAAGAAAGCAAAAAUUGAACUAGCUCCUAACUACAAAGUACUAGAAGCUGUUGAUCCGAUUGUUCAAAAUAUUAAUGGUAAUUUUUUUAUUUUGCAAAGUAAUAAAAAAGAGAAUGUAGACGAAAACAGUGAUGAUAUUCCUAAUGAUGACGGGGAAGAAAAUUCAGAGGAUAUAAGCUUGCCAAUUAAUACAAAAUCUAGCAAUAACUUAUUGCAAUUUGAUUUUGAGGAAAUACGAAAAAUUAAAACUGACCAAAACAGUGAAAAUACGAACAUAGGCAGUUCUUUCCAUGCAACGAUUGCUCCAGAUAAUAAUACAGCUGCAGAGAAUGAACUACGUAGAGAAAUAUCGAAGGAUAUGUUUCAAGAAAUGGAAAUUAUUGGUCAGUUCAAUUUGGGCUUUAUAAUUGCCAGACACAAUCAGGAUUUAUUCAUAAUUGAUCAGCAUGCAUCUGAUGAGAAAUACAAUUAUGAAUAUUUGCAACUAAAUACGAAUUUGAAAGGACAGCAAUUGAUACAGCCCAAACAUUUGUUUCUAACACCUACUGAAGAAGAAGUACUAAUGGAUAAUGUAAAUAUCUUUGAAAAGAAUGGUUUUAGCUUUUCUAUAGAUCCAGAUGCGCCACCAACAAAACGAAUUAAAAUGACUUCUGUUCCUUACGGUCGAGGAUGUAUCUUUAAUGAAGAAGAUGUGCAAGAAAUGAUAAUGAUGUUAACUGACAUGCCGGGAGUCAUGUGUAGACCAACAACUGUAUCAAGAAUGUUUGCAACUAGGUCUUGUAGAAGAUCAAUCAUGAUUGGCACUGCAUUAAAUACUUCCCAGAUGAAAAAAAUCCUUAAGCAUAUGGGAGAAAUAGAACAUCCAUGGAACUGCCCUCAUGGAAGACCAACUAUGCGUCAUCUUUUUAAUCUCAAUGUAGCUACAGUUUCAUUAAAAGAGGAUUCUGCUAAUAAAUGA